ACGGAUACUCAAGUAUUGUCAUAAUGAAGUUACAUGCUUGCAACUUUGAAGUAAUAAUAAGAAAUCAAACGGAAAGUGUUUCAGUUUGAAUAGUCUGUCUAUUUGGUGUUGACUUUAUUUUUAUUGUUUGACAGACAGAGGUCAAAUGUUUCUGAAAUAAAACAUGGCGUUGCGGAAUUCGUACAUUUUGACAAAUAGUCUUCGAAACCUGAAUUCAUUAAGCAGUAUAGUGUGCCGUUCUUCUGUAGCCACGAGUAGACAGCUGUCUUGUCUUGUACGCCCAGAAGUACAAAAAUGUGUAGAUAGAGAUUUGGGCCCUUUGAGAAGCAGAGACAAUGAGAAUGUACAGUACAGAAUUAGCAUACCAUGGAUCAUUCAGAUUAGACAUUAUGCCAAGUCAAAGAACAAGCCUAAAAGAGGAGGAAACAAGCAUAAACCGGAGCAUGAAAUAGAUCUAGAUGAGAGCACUAUCAAUGAAAUUGUGGACAUCAACAAGUAUCAUGAAGACCUGCAUAAAGUAUUAGAGGACCUUAAACAACAGUAUAUUCAUAGCCUGUCACUUAGAACUAAUGUAGGAACUUUUGAUAGACUUCAGGUGAAGAGUGAGGAUGGAACGUUUCCACUAAAUCAGAUAGCAUCUAUAACUCAGAAAAAUCCUACACUGAUUGUCUUAAACCUUAGCCAGUCUAUUAAGUAUGUACCAGAUGUCAUGGUAGCAAUAAAUAACUCAGGAAUGAAUCUCAAUCCACAGCAGGAAGGACCGUCAACAAUUUACGUAACUUUACCAAAAGUAUCUAGAGAACAUAGAGAAGAGUUAGCUAAGAAUGCGAAAACAUUGUACAAUCAGUCUAAAGAUCACAUGAACCGUCUUUUUACUGAAAGUAUGCGGAAGGUGAAUAAAGAAAAAUCAGUGGAUAUUCGGAAAAGUAUAGAAAAUCAGUUGCUGCAAGAUAAGAGAAGGAUGCAAGAAGAAGGGGAAACAUUAAUGAAAGCAAAACAGAAAGAAUUACUUGGGUCAUGACAUGCCGUUUUGAUUUAGAUUUUUAGAUACAAAGACAUGUAAAACUAGACAAUAUUUCUUGGAACAACAAUCAAAUAUAUACAGAUUCCUGUUUGAAAGUCUGAUUAUUUUAACCUUUACCUGCUAAAUUUCUAAAAUGGGCUGGUCUAUCAUUCAAUUUGAACAGUACCAUUUAUUAUUCAAAGGGAGGUUCACUGAAAAUUUACUGGAUGAAUAGUGAACUUUGCAGACCAUAAUCAGCCUUAUCUUGGUCUGCACUGGCCGCAAAGGCAGAAUCACUUGCCACCAGCUGGCUAAAGGUUAAAGUAGUCUUGUGUUAUUUUCAAAGAAAUUGGAAUAAAUUUACAGUCAUUGAAAAUUAUUUUAAAUAAAUACGAUUAAUGAAGAUUAAUGAAAGGAAAUCAGGUUGUUAAAAAAAAAAUUAUUUUUAAAGAGCUAAGAACUGAAAACUGUUUUGACCUCAUUGUAUAGUGCUGUUUAUAGGAAUACAGUUUUAUCAAUUUUCCUAAUAAAACAUUUAUUCAAUUUAUAUUUUAACAAAAUUGAGGUUCAGACCAGAUUGUUUAAAUCAUGUAUUAUACUUGAAUCAAACAGGUCUGUUUUUAGCUCGACUAUAGUCCAAGCUAUUCUACUCAUCCUGGCAUCAGCAUCGGUGUUGGCAUCUGCAUCACACCUUGGUUAAAGUUUUGCAUGCAAGUACAUAUAGCUAUCAUUUAAAGGCAUAUAGCUUUGAAACUUAUUUUUUCUUUAUCUAGGUCAAUUACCAAUCUCACUUGCUCAAGUCCCAUAAUUCUGACAUAUAUUUUGGCCAAAUUAUGCCCCCUUUUGGACAUAGAAAAUCCUGAUUAAAGUUUUGCAUGCAAGUUACUAUCUCAAAAACUAAUGCAAAUAUUGAAUUGAAACUUAACAUGUUUCUUCGGGUUUAUAAAUCUAGGUCAUAGCAUCAAGUCCCAUAAUGCUGACUUGUAUUUUGCAUAAGGCCUAAAAAAAAAAUUCUUUGUUUCCGGUAACAUGCUAAAAAAAAUUAGGGUAGGUAGGUCGGAAAUUUUUUUUUUUUGGAAUUUUUUUUUAUUAAGGGAGACUUUUCGGAAAUUUUUUUUUUUGUCAAAAAAUGAUUACAAAUAAGGGGGUUAUGCCUUUAGAGCAUCAGUAAGUGGAUUUCUAACAUCACUGGCCAUGUUUAAAGCAUAAAAAGUGCAGUUUUGCAUUUUUUUGUUAAAAAGUUGAAAAAAAUGUUCUCCAAGGCCAUAAAAACAUUUAGGGUCGGGCCAAAAAUUUAGGGUAGGUCGGGAUACCGGAAACAAACAAUUUUUUUUUUACGCCUAAUUAUGUCUCCUUUUGAACUUAAAAACCUCUGGUUAAUGUUUUGCAUGCAAGUUACUGUCUUCAAAACUAAUGCAGACUCUGUAGAUGUUUUAACAUUAAGGGUUAUACUCGUGCUUUUGGGACAACAAUUCAAAUAGUCGAGCAUUGUCUGUCUUACAGACAGCUCUUGUUAUAAAACAAAAUCAGCUGUGCUAAUUAGAAUGGAAUAUAUUAAAGGUCUUGUAUUGCAAA